AUGGUUACGCGCCCUAACUCUUGUAUCUGCUCUUGGUUCCUCAAAUUCCCUCUGUACCAGCUCUCUCUGCCAUUCUCUCCCAACCACCUAUCGCGUUUUCUCCCAACACCCAGCCAUCGACUCUACCUUUUACCCCCAGUCGCCCCUCCCUCCUACCCCCCGUCGCCAUUCCCCCCCAUCCCGCCGUCACCUCUCCCUCCCAUCCCGCCAUCUCUCACCCCGCCGUCGCCUCUCACUCUCAACCCCCUGUCGCCUCUCCCUCACACCCCGCCAUCGCCCACUCCCUCCCACCCCACCGUCGCGACUCCCUCCCAUCCUGCCGCCGCCUCUUCUCCCAUACCGCCGUCGCCUCUCCCUCCAUCCCGUCGUCGCCCCGCCUCCAUCCCGCCGUCGCCUCCCCUCCAUCCCGCCGUCGCCUCUCCCUCCUCCCCGUCGUCGCCUCUUCCUCCUCCCCGUCGUCGCCUCUUCCUCCUCCCCGCCGUCGCCUCUUCCUCCUCCCCGCCGUCGCCUCUUCCUCCUCCCCGCCGUCGCCUCUCCCUCCGCCCCGCCGUCGCCUCUCCCUCCUCCCCCGCCGUCGCUCUCCCUCCGCCCCGCCGUCGCCUCUCCCUCCUCCCCGCCUUCGCCUCUCCCUCCGCCCCGCCGUCGCCUCUCCCUCCGCCCCGCCGUCGCCUCUCCCUCCUCCCCCGCCGUCGCCUCUCCCUCCGCCCCGCCGUCGCCUCUCCCUCCGCCCCGCCGUCGCCUCUCCCUCCUCCCCGCCGUCGCCUCUCCCUCCUCCCCGCCGUCGUCUCCGGCGACAGGGGAGAGACGGAGCGCGAGGGAGAGCGUGUGCACGGGAGCGAGCGCGCAGGAGAGAGCGCGUGA